AUGGAGGCGCAGUUCAACAUUGCUAGCAUCAAAUGCGACAUAACAAAAUAUCACUACGCCGCCGUUGCUUCAUUAGAUCAAAAUGUUUCUUCACGUGUCAGUGAUUCACUUAGAAAUCCACCAGAAACAAAUAAAUAUGAAGAACUUAAAAAAGUGAUAAUAGCAGAAUUUACUGACUCUGAUCAAAAGAAGUUGCGUAAAUUGAUAAACAGUGUUGAGCUUGGUGACUUGGAUCCAUCUAAGCUUCUGAAAAAAAUGAAAGAACUUGCGAAAAACCAACUUUCCGAUGAUGUGCUUAAAACAUUGUGGUUGGAAAGACUUCCGGACAACAUUAGAGCUGUAAUUUGCAUUGGUUCCGGCGAUUUAACGACACUUUCCAAGCAAGCUGACACGAUGGCCGAAAUGCAGAGCAUCUCAAACAUAUCAGCAGUUGGAAGCCAAUCUGAAAUUUUAUUAAGAAUCGAUGCACUUCAAAAACAAGUCGAAGAACUAAGAACAUCAAGACCAGGUGGAAGCAGAAAGCAUGGCUCACAAAAAAGAGAUUUAAGCAAAAGUCGCAGUAAGUCUAAACCACGUCUUCCACUUUGUCGCUAUCAUUUCAGGUUCGGCAAGGAUGCAAAAAAAUGCGUUGAACCUUGCCAAUUCAAAAAAUUCGACCUCUCGGAAAACUAA